UACUUGAAUGCGAUUGGUUAUCUGGCUUCCGUAUGUUUUAAGAAUCAGCAUGGCUGGAGAACCGUGGAACAGGGUAAACAUUCCCUUUCCAAGUGCCACUUCAAGUGUCCACAUAGAGUUUACGUCAACAGCAGAUACAAAUGUUAAAACCCUGUGUGUGGAGAACGAGAAGGUCCUGAAGCUGCUCCGUAGUGAGAUUCUUCAGACGGAGAUCCGACUCCUCUACGACCUGCUGUACAUGCUCAACAACAGCUACAGAGGCAACAAGACCUUUAAGGGACUACAGCAGGUUGAGCAAUGUAUAAACAGACUGAAGAACAUGAAGCUCGAUUCUGCUCUUCAGGAGCUUGCAGAUGUGUGUCCAAACAAAAUUCAAAGAGGUCUGGGCAUCAAGACGGGUAAGUGUGAGGUUCCAAGUCAGCCCAUGCUGGAGUGGAUCUGUCUCAAAGUGCUGGGAGCUGCCCAGCUGCUGAGCUGUGCACUGACUCGGUGCAGCAGAGCUUUUAUAGUCUCAAAGCAGCACAUAAGGUGGGAGUUUGUCAUACUAAAUAUGGUGAUAACCAGCAUGCUCAGCCGUCUGUGGGUGAUUUUCCGUGGUGUGCUGGUUGGUCUGUUCAUGUUGUACCAUCGGGUCCUGGAACUUCUCAGAGAUGUUGCCCAAGCUCAGCCCAUGCCCUACCUCACAGACAUCUCCCUGCCAGCAGAUAUGUCUCAGUUCCUGGGUCCUUCGUGUAGAUCCUUACUAAAGAAACAUCCAGCACAUGAUUCCCAUGUCAAACACGAGAUGGUGAACAGACAAAGAAUCAAGAAGGCUUCUGUAAAGGUCACGAAAAAGAGGCAGACAGGGAGGAUUAAAGAGGACCUGGGCAUUGUUAUAGAAAGAGAUCAUGGCAUUGAGAUUGAUAUCGAGCCUUUUUCCAAGAUUUUCAAGAAGGCUAAAUCUCGCCCAGAAGAAUCGCACAAGACUAACAAGAAAGAAAAGUUCAAGAAACAAGUGAAAGACGCUGCUACUUUUGCCCAGAUGGCAGCACAUCUGGAGGAAAUGAUUGUGUGGUGCAAAUCGCAGAAGAUGGAGAAGGAGAAACGCCUACUGACCUUCCUGCAUUUAAAGUGCCAUAAGAUGAAAUGCCUUGAGGCAGCAGGAUACAAUGUCCAGAGGAAGUUACGAUCCUUCAGACGGGAAGUUUGCUGGGCUUCAUCUCCUGCUGGAUCAGCACCAAAGACUUUCCAUUUCCCCGUUGCAGCAAGCAGAACUGCUCGCCAGAAACGUAGUUUGUGGACGGUUAAGAGAUGCUUUGUGUCUUCUAGAGACAGGACAGGUGUGAAAAAGAUGCUGCGGGAAAAAACUGAGUUGGUUGUGUCUAAACUGUUUAAAUGCAACCAACAAAGAGGAGCCACACACAAGGUGAUGCUUCAGACCCCUAGCUCUGGCAGCCAUAAUGACAUAGAUGAUAUAUUUGCCUCUGUGGGUUUGUGAUGGCUUCAAAGUGGAAAAAAUAAACUACAUGAUAACAGUAAGACACUGAUUCACUUUAUUAUUGCUAAUCUUCAACACUUGAUUUAUGAUCGUAGGGCAAAAAGCAAGCGCUGCUUUGGUUUUAUGUGAAGUCUGCGGCUCCUCUGAUCAUUCAAAGCAUUACGAACUGACCCCAGGCUUUUCUGCCACACUGAUCCCAGUGCUGAUUCUAAACCUGAGCCAAUUCUAUCUUUUUUAACCAGCAAAGUUUUGGCUCCAGCACUGAAAAAGUGGUGCUACUUUUUGCUUGGUCAGAGCAAAAAAAUAAAUAAAAAAAUUCUUGGCUUGCAGGGUUAUAAAGACCAUCAGACCAGUCACAAUAUUGAAUCGUCUUGUACAUUAAAUGUGCUGUACAAAUAAAUUUGUCCUGCCUA